AUGGGCAGCACAGGCUGUGCAGACUUCACUUCGUGGCUCUUUGAUGUGAAGUCGACCUCUUCCACUGCGAGGUGUGUGGACUCAGUGCACUUCAUCUCACUGAGUCAGGUGCUCUUUUGGUCUGGCGAGGAUCGAGGUGUGUGGGGCCCUGGCGAGCUGCAGCUGCGGGAGUCUGGCUACCUGGUCUUUGGAGGUGAUGCCGUGGAUAAGGGCGCUGGAGAUAUCCGCGUGGUGAAGACCUUACUGACCUUGAAGCAACGCUACGGGUCCCGAGUUUUCAUCGUCAUUGGCAACAGAGAUAUUUGCAAACUUCGCUUCUUUGCUGAGUUGCAGGAGGGCGAGGAUGGUGGCAGCUUCGAGAAGAAAGGUGGAGCAUAUUGGAUUCCAGAUCCGAAGCCUCAUCCGGAUUACGAGACAUAUGUGCAGAUGCACAAUCUGGAGCGUGGCCACAUCAGUACAGUGCGCUGGGUAUUGGAUUGCAACAUGGGCUGUCAAACAACGACCUUCAAUACCAGGAGGCACGAACUGGCUCUCUUGGGUGUGAAGGCCACUGAUGAAGCAGUGGUUCAUAGUUAUCGGGAUUCCGUGGAUCCUGCCAGUGCUGAUCCGUGGAUGCUGGAACUUCUGCGUGUUGGGCAGUUGGCCGUCAUUUUGGGCAAUUCUUUGUUCGUCCACGGCGGCAUCUACGACGAGGCUCUGGGUCAAGUCCCUGGAGAUUUUGGCCCCGCUGCGAACAUGUCGGAGUGGGCUGAGCGGCUCAAUGCUUGGAAGGUGGGGUAUUUUUUGAUCACAGCAAGCUCGCUGUCACUAGAACCACCAAUCAUGUCUCGAAGCACCGUCAGCAUGGCAGUGGCGGCCGCGGGCCUUUGCGCUCUGCCUGCCUUCAUCCCUGGCAUCACCGGAUCCCGUGCACCUGCAACUUCCCCAGCCUUGCGGGGCACAGCUGAAAGCAGCAGCACCAGCACCUUUGGUGCGGCUUAUGGUGCUGGUCUUGCUCUCACUGUCCUGGGUGCUGCUGCAGUGAAGCGUGUGAGCGCACGCAAGGCGCUUCGCCGCGAGCUGGCAGUGGCUUAUGAGGACUCCGGCAUUGACCUCUUGGACAACGGCAAGUUCGCCCAGGGAUUGCCAGGUGCUGAUGGUGCAUGGGGUCGCUACGAGUUUGAUCCCCUGGGCUUCUCAAAGAAGACUGAGCUGGUGCCAUACUUCCGAGAGGCUGAGCUGAAGCACGGCCGCUUGGCGAUGUUGGCCUGGGUCGGCCUGGUGGCACCUGACUUUGUCCGCCUUCCUGGUGAGAAGUUUUCCUUUGAGGCUGUGCCAGUGUCCAUUGAUGCCCACGAUGCUUUCCUUGGGGCUACUGGUGUCAAUGCUCAAGUGUUGUUCUGGGUGAGCAUUGUGGAGUUGUGCUGCGCCAAGAAGGUCUUUGAAUGGAACUCCUUGGAGGUCGCUGGUGACUACGGCCUCACCAGUUUGUUCCCCAGUGAUGAGGAGGGUCAGAAGAAGAUGCGCACAGCCGAGCUGAAGAACGGCCGCUUGGCUAUGAUGGCAUUCGCAGGUGCAGUGACCCAGGCUGCCCUCACCCGCCAUCCGUUCCCAUGGCUGUUCUGAGAUGCGCCGCAAGCAGCGUGAGACAAUUGGUAGCGUCGCCAAGGUAGCGACAUUCUGGUGACAGCCUAGCCCCUGAUUUUACCUAAGGGUUAAUCUAAGGGCUUGCGCAGAAAAAUUGAGUCAGAAACUGACGGUUGGCUGUUGAUGCUGUUCCCAUCCUUGUCAAAUGUGGAGCCGCAAAUCAAAGCAAAAGCAUGGCACCGCUUUUAUGUGCUUUUUGUGCAUAUCCGA